AUGAGUGACGAUGAGCAAUUGACGGAACAGCAGCAGAUCAUUCAAAAUGUUCUAGCGGCUGCGCGUGAGGCCCACGAAGAAACAGCGCUUGCUUCCGACGACGAGGAAUUGUUUAAACACCAGCAGCAGGAUAAGAUGCCCACUGGGUUAUCGACUCCCGUGAGUGUGAUGAAGAAAGAGAAGGAUGAAAAGGAAAAGGAAAAGGACAAGAAAAAGAAGAAGAAGAAGAAGAAGAAAUCCAAGACAGCCGACCUGCCUGAAGCCGGAGCCGAUAUCAACGACGACUAUGCAGAAAAAUACAAUGAAGAUCCUAUUGAAAACCCAUUUGAUCCUGAACGUCCUGCGAGUCGACGUCUCGAGUAUGCGAUCUGGAAAUACAAGAAAAAUCAUCGAUUUUCGGAAUCCAAGAAAGCCAUCUUUGACAGUUAUCUACGUUUUGGCGGAGUGGAGACGGGACAAAAGGCAUUCAUGGGUCGUACGACCGGUGCCGAUGCGCCUGAUGAUCCUGAAGCCGAGCAAGACUUUGAAAUGGCCAAAACGGUGACGGACGUUGUGCCUGAUCUCGAGGAGGACGAUGACGAUGUGGAAAUCAGUUUCAGCAAAGUAGCGCAGGUUUAUUUGGGAAAUUUCUUUGUGAGAAAGCCCAUGUUUAUCACGCUGCAAGAAUUCCAUGACGCACCGGCAAUUGUGGAUGCAUUUUUACGUUACUUACAAAUUCGCAACGUGUGCCCCGAAUACGCAGACGAUAUUGCUCAUGCUCGUGAGAUUGCGGCCAAGGCCAAGAUUGAAUUACCCAUGUGUAAGCGCGCUACCAAUGUGUUACCCGGCAACUUCAACAAAGCAUGCUCGUUGUUAUUUGGUGGUCAAUUGCAGUCGGCUUUUUCAGUUCAGGCUUCGUGGAUGGAAUCGGCCAGUGCCAAGGUGCUCUCCCUGAUCGAUGAUUGUUUAGCCGAUACAGCAGGCAUGACUUUGGCUGAAGCACGACAAAUCGUCAAACCUCGCGUGGACAAGGUCGAUAAAACCCUGGUGGUGGAUGAACGCUACACGAGAUUUGUGAAAAUCGCCGACAUUGGUUCUUUCGAUCCCGAGUCGGCUAGCGAUGAACUUGUUUCGGUCACGCUUGCAGAAUACGAAGACGAAACCAUCCGAUAUCCUAUUUGCCUUGAAACCAGUAUUGUGAAAGAAUUAUUAAUAGGCAUGGUUCUCACCGUCGAUUUACGGAAAUUGAACAACGACGUAUGGUAUUUGGAUAACCCCAUGACCCUGAUGCCCACCUUUUAUAUGGUGGAUGAGUUUGAAGACGAGGAUGAAUAG